GUUCCACACAUGAGCUUUGCAGGAGUUAUUGCAACCUAACUGCCCCCAAAGAGUUUGGCAAGAGUUGCAUUCCAAGUUCUAAUUACAGAUAUAUGUAUAAAUUUCUCAUAACACAUUAUAAAGUCUCUCUAACUUUCAAGCUAUGUUUGUUUUCUUGUCUUUCUCCAGAGAGGGGGGGAGUGAGAUUAUAUGAUAGAAAUAAAUACUUUGCAUUUUUAACUCCAAUUCACACCACAUUCAGGUUAUAUUGGGCCUCAUGGGCCUUAAAUUGAAACGACGGCGUUUACUUGCUCUCCUAUAGUUUUUCAAAACUAGCCGGAGCCACCGUGAGAGAGAAGAGAAGAAGGAGAAUGAGCGGCGGAGGAAACAACAACGUAGUGAACAACAAGCCGGAAGUAUCGACGGAACCGACGUUGCUCCACAUGAUAACGGCGUUCGUCGAGCUCUCCUCUGUUACAACGCCGGCCUAUAUGACCCUUCUGGAGAUUCGAAAGCAGCUGGAGAUCCUUACUGUACGUUGUUCGUGGGUCGAAUCUCGCAUCUUACGACGGAGGAGACUCUUCGUGAGGUAAAGAGUCUGUGUUGUGUUCGUGACGUUAGAGUUGUUUAAGAUGAUUCUUUACAGGCUAUGAGUAGAUACGGCAAAGUUAAGAGCUUGCGCUUGGUCAGACACAUUGUGACGGGUGCUUCACGAGGAUAUGCUUUUGUGGAGUAUGAGACUGAGAAGGAGAUGCGUCGUGCUUACGAGGAUGCUCAUCAUUCAUUUAUUGAUGGCCGAGAGAUUAUUGUGGAUUAUAAUAGGCAGCAGUUGAUGCCUGGAUGGAUACCAAGAAGAUUAGGAGGUGGACUUGGUGGUAGGAAAGAAUCUGGACAACUUCGUUUUGGAGGACGAGAUAGACCCUUCCGUGCUCCCUUGUAUGGUGUUUGCCUUUGCUCUCCUCUUCCUUUUAGCAAACGUCAUAAACACAGGCGUUCUCAUCAUCAUCUAGUCGAGAUAUUCAUUCUUCUGACUGAAUCUUAUUAUUAAGGAUCAGUGAGAGAGAUCGCCUAGUUUCCCCCAAGAGUCCCAUGAUCUUGAGGGUUUCAUCACCUGACUGUGAAAAGCAGCGGUAGAUAGUUUCUAGUAGUAUUUGACAAUGGAACUUGUUGUUCAUUAGGCUAGUUGUUGUAUUUGACCAUCAUGGAUUUUGGAACUAAUUGUUUUUUCUUCUAAGAAGGAAGUUCUUUUUGUUUGUUUGGGGAAUGAUUGUGCUGAGAAUUCUCAUGAUACAUAGUGUAAUUUCACGAGUUUAGUGAUCUGAGAGGUUAAUAAUGCAAAGUAGUUUGAGAGUGUUUCAUGUUGCAUAGUAAGCUUGGCCCUGAAAUCUCAAUCACAUUUUGAACUAUAAUAAGUAACAACUCAACGAUCAAGUCUAACAUAAAUAUGAACAAGUACGAUUAACAAUAGUCAGUGUUAUGCUAUUAAAAGCUGACAGUGCCGACUAUUCAAGACAAGGAUAAGAAUCAGGUCUGCUUUGUUCUCAUAUUGUAGAACCAAUGAAUACACUCUUACAA